AUGGCCGGCGCGUCGAAGGCCGCUUCGCUCCGCGUCUCCGCUUCGGCGGGGAGCAACGCCGGCAUUUACCACGGCACGGCGACGCCGCAGGGGCUGACGGCGGGCCGCGGGCGCCGCGCGCGCGAGGCGCUCGUGUUCGCUGCCGGCGUCGCGGCGGCACUGCUCGCGCUCAUUGGCACGGGGUCGGUCCUCUACCCCGGCGGGCGCGGUGGCCUGGUCACCCUGGCGGUCCCCGUGCCCGGCCCGGAGGACGGGCCGCGCACGUUCUACGACGACCCGGAGCUGUCGUACGCCGUGGCGUCGGGCCGGCGCCUCACCAGGUGGGACGCCAAGCGCGCGGAGUGGCUGCGCUCGCGCGGGCUCGUCCGCCGGAACGCGCCGGAGCGCGUGGUGAUGGUGUCGGGCUCGCAGCCGGAGCCGUGCCCCGGCGACGCGGGCGACCACCUGAUGCUGCGGUUCCUCAAGAACAAGGUCGACUACUGCCGCCUCCACGGGAUCGAGCUGCUCUACAACAGGGAGUUCCUGCACCCGGCCAUGCGGGCCUACUGGGCCAAGAUCCCCAUCGUGCGCGCCGCCAUGCUGGCCCACCCGGAGGCGGAGUGGGUCUGGUGGGUGGACUCCGACGCCGUCUUCACCGACAUGGACUUCUCCCUCCCGCUCGCCAAGUACGCCGGCCGCAACUUCGUCGUGUACGGCUGGCCCAACAAGUUCUUCGUGAGGAAGUCGUGGCUGGGGCUCAACGCCGGCGUGUUCCUCAUCCGCAACUGCCAGUGGUCGCUCGACUUCAUGGACGAGUGGGCGCGCAUGGGCCCCGCCUACCCGGAAGAGCACGCCCGGUGGGGGAAGACGCUCAGGGACGCGCUCAGCGACGUGGACUCCGACGUGGCGUGCGACCAGUCCGCGCUCGUCUACCUGCUCCUCAACGGCUGGGCGAGGCUGGGGAAGAAGACCUUCAUCGAGACGGAGUACUUCUUCCAGGGCUACUGGAAGGAGGUCGUGGACCGCCUCGACGGCGUCGCCGCGCGGUACGAGGCCGUCGAGCGGCGCACGCCCACGCUGGGGCUCCGGCGGCGGCACGCGGAGCGGGAGCACCUGCGGUACGCGGCGGCCCGGAACGCGGCCGUGAGUGGCGUUGUCCCGGGGCCCGCCGGUGGCGGGGAGAUGGGGUGGCGGCGGCCGCUCAUCACGCACUUCGUGGGCUGCCAGCCCUGCAGCGGCGGUCGGAACCCGAUGUACUCUAGGGAGAGCUGCGACGACGGGAUGCGCCGCGCGCUGGCGUUCGCGGACGACCAGGUGCUCCGCGCGUACGGGUUCCGCCACGCCGCCCCGCUCAACGACAGCGUGCGUGCGCUGCCGUUCGACUACCCCGCUGCGCACGCGCGCAACAACUGA